GCUCGGGUAAGACCACUCUGCUCUCGAUCCUCUCGGGCCGCCUCCACCCCUCCUCGGGCUCGGUCACCCUGGGCGGGCGGCCCCUGGACAAGUCGGCCCGGCGGCAGAUCGGCUACGUGACCCAGGAGGACCUCUUCUUCGGCAACCUCACCCUCCGCGACACCCUCAUGUACCAGGCACACCUGAGGCUGCCCCGCACGACGAAAACGAGGGACAAGGAGAAGGUGGUCUUGGCCCUGGCCGAGGAGCUCAACAUCACAAAGUGCCUCAACACCG